CGCAUGACGUAUAAGAAACUUCCUCAUAAAAUACAGUAAACAAAUAUACGGAUUAUGUUCGGCUGCGACGUACUGAGCACACUGGCUUGCUUGAGUUUUGGGAAUUACGAGGCUUUCGGUUGACAUCACUCGGUUUGCGCAUUAAAGCAGGUCGACACAAAGAAGGGAGCUGUAGGAGAAGCUGAGCGCGCCGCGCGUUAGUUUGGUUGAGUGCGCUCGAUUUCACCUGGUUGAGUUGAGCAGGCUUCUCCUCUGGAGACAAUACUGCGAGCAGCGUCUGUCUCCAAGAAAUCGUUUAUAUUCAGACAUGGUGAAGCAGACCAAGGCCAAAACUUUCCAGGCCUAUCUGGACUCCUGUCACCGCCGCUACAGCUGCGUCCACUGCCGUGCACACCUGGCCAACCAUGAUGACCUAAUUUCUAAGUCAUUUCAAGGCAGUCAGGGACGUGCCUACCUGUUCAAUUCUGUGGUGAAUGUGGGUUGUGGCCCAGCAGAAGAAAGGCUUCUGCUGACCGGUCUUCAUGCUGUGGCUGAUAUUUACUGUGAGAACUGCCACACCACACUGGGCUGGAAAUAUGAGCAGGCAUUUGAGUUAAGUCAGAAGUAUAAGGAGGGGAAGUUUAUUAUUGAAUUAUCUCACAUGAUUAAAGAUAAUGGCUGGGACUGAAGCAUUCAGCCUUUUGCUUUAACUUUCUGUCACCGCUUGCAGCUUCUCCAAGAACAUCAUGAGAUGCUUUCUUAUAUAUAUGUAUAUAUCCAUCUAUGAUCUACAUUUACCAUUGUGAGCACCUUUUUCCACACUUGUAUCCCAAUGCACCAGUUUUUUAAAAGGAGGGGGAGUCUUGGGUGAUUGGUUUGUGUGUGUUUGUGCCUUUUAUAUGUAUUUGGAGAUGUGCUUGUGUGUGAGGCAUGCUUGAAAGAAACUGUGCUAAAAUUAUCAACUACUUAAAUCCAGUUUUAAAGAAUUCAUGAUUUUUUUUUGGGGGGGUUACAUAAGCCCUCAAAUUCUCCAAAUUAAGUGCAGUUCAUGAGGUUUGGAUCUAGUAUGAACAAAAUGCCAAGAUCCAAUGCUUUUUUUUUUAUUCAAUUAAUUUUUACUUUAAAGAGCAAGGAAUUUGUGAAUGAGGUAGUGCGAGUGAAAUAACUUUACUGUAUGUUGUUUUGUGUGUGUGUGUUUGUGGGGCUUAGAGUGGAUAAUGUGCAAUAUGUAAGUGAGAGAAUUUGCGUAAAGGAUGAUUCAUGCCUCCAAAUUAAGUCAUUUUGGUUGAAUUCAUCUUGUACUUUACCAAGUCACUGAGGAAUCCCAGCAGAUGAACAUCCUGAUGAACAAGCAGGCUUGUUGCUGUAGAGAUGUCCACGGUUGACUGAUAUUCUUAAGACACUUCCAUUACAGCUUAUAAGUAUAUACAGCUUAUUGUAAUUGGGAUAUAAUUUUUUCUCUGUUUUUUGUUUCUUAUUUUUUUGUCUAUGAGAAAUGUAUUAAGUAUAUUCUAACACUGAGCAGCAUGUACAGAGACAUUGAUCUGAUCAUUUUAGAGCAGACAUGUAAAUGUGCUUAUGAUUGUGUAGCAGCGUAUUUCUUUGAAUGCUAAAGUGUAUUACGUUAACCUGAAUUCUUUACAUUAAAGUAUGGGGUAAAUAAAAACUGUUAAGGUUU